AUGGAGAAUCGGACAUUUUUCAAAGAAUUCUAUAUUUCAGGAUUUUUAAAUAGCACAAAAGACAAUGAAAGUUACUUUGUUGCUAUUUUACUUACAUAUUUGUUUGGAAUCGUUGGGAAUUUAGUGAUAAUCACUGUAAUUUAUAUGGACACUCAGCUACAUACACCCAUGUACUACUUUCUCUUCAACUUGUCCUUUGUUGACAUCUGUUACACAACAGUCACACUCCCUAAACUGAUGGACAUUCUACUAACUGGGAAUAACACAAUAUCUUUAAAACAGUGUUUUACCCAAUUAUUCUUUUUCAUUUUUACAGGUGGCACUGAAAUUUUCUUGCUUUCUACCAUGGCAUAUGAUCGCUAUGUUGCUAUAUGCUUUCCUCUACAAUACCAAGUUAUUAUGAAUAAAAGAAAAUGCAUCCUUAUAUUUUUAGUCAUUUGGGUAUCUGGAUGGGGCAAUGGCACAUUUUUAACUGGUUUUGCAUCCAUUUUAUCCUUCUGUAAAUCGAAUAAGUUGGAACAGUUCUUUUGUGACAUUAAACCUUUGGAAAAACUCUCAUGUGAAGACUCUGGAUUUUAUAUUGUAGUUUAUGUAGAAACAUUUCUCUUUGGACUUUGUCCAUUUUUGCUCAUUGUAAUAUCUUAUAUUAAAAUAAUAAUCAGCAUCCUGCACAUUAAUUCAACUGAGGGCAGGAAAAAAGCUUUCUCUACUUGCACAUCCCACCUUGCUGUACUUUUUAUUUUCUAUGGAACUAUUCUUUGGCUAUAUAUGAGACCACCUUUAGAACAUUUAGAGGAUGUAGACCAAGUGUUUUCAAUAUUAUAUACAGCAGUGACUCCCAUGUUGAACCCUCUAAUAUACAGUUUAAGGAACAAAGAGGUAAAAAAUGCAAUAAAGCGUUACAUAAUGGUUAAACACCUGUGA